AGUUCCACCUGCAGGCUGCUGCCUUCGGGCCACUGCGCCCAGCGCGGGGCAGCCGCCGUCUCCUCCCCCGCGGUCCCUUGUAGAGAUGGCCCCAGGGACAAGGAUGGCCAGACUGCUCUUGGAGGAUGUGAGCGCUCCUCAGUGUUGCUGGGGCUGACGCCAAGCUGGCAGCCAUGAGGCUGGGCAGGCUCCAGGCCUGGAUGCUGGGCCUUCCUACGGCUGUGGUCUAUGGCUCCCUGGCCCUCUUCAUCUCUAUCCUGCACAAUGUGUUCCUGCUUUACUAUGUGGACACCUUUGUCUCAGUGUACAAGAUCAACAAAGCUGCCUUCUGGGUUGGAGAGACGGUGUUUCUCCUCUGGAACAGCCUCAACGACCCCCUCUUCGGCUGGCUGAGUGACCGUCACUUCCUCAGCUCUCAGCCCCGGGCCUGGGCAGAGGGGGAACUGGGGCUAGCCAAAUUGGUAAGAGCCACUCCCACCUUUCCUCCUCUCCUUUGCAGGUCGGGCACUGGGCUCUCCUCAAGGGCCGUGGUGCUGGCACGGGUGCGGGCCCUGGGCUGGCAUGGGCCGCUGCUGGCACUCUCGUUCCUGGCAUUCUGGGUGCCCUGGGCCCCAGCUGGCCUGCAGUUCUUGCUGUGCCUAUGCCUCUAUGAUGGCUUCCUGACACUCGUGGACCUGCACCAUCAUGCCUUGCUGGCUGACCUGGCCCUCUCUGCGCACGACCGUACCCACCUCAACUUCUACUGCUCCCUCUUCAGUGCGGCUGGCUCCCUCUCUGUCUUUGCCUCCUAUGCCUUCUGGAACAAGGAAGAUUUCUCUUCCUUCCGCGCCUUCUGCGUGGCACUGGCCACUGGCUCUGGGCUGGGCUUUGUGGGGGCCACACAGCUGCUUAGGCGGCAGGUUGAGGCAGCUGGCAAGCAGCCAGAGUGCCCAGCCCUGGCUGCGGAUGGCGGCCUGUGCGGAGAGGAGCUGCUCACAGGCUGCCAGGAUGCAGGCAGCAUCACUCUGGGCCAGUAUCUCCAGCAGCUGGCACGUCACCGGAACUUCCUAUGGUUCGUGGGCAUGGACCUGGUGCAGGUCUUUCACUGCCACUUCAACAGCAACUUCUUCCCCCUCUUCCUGGAGCAUCUGUUGUCAGACCACAUCUCCCUCUCCACGGGCUCCUUCCUGUUGGGCAUCUCCUACGUAGCCCCCCACCUCAACAACCUCUACUUCCUGCCCUUGUGCCGGCGCUGGGGCGUCUACACCGUGGUGCGGGGGCUCUUCCUGCUCAAGCUGGGCCUGAGCCUGCUCAUGCUAUUGGCCGGCCCCGACCGCCCCGGCCUCCUCUGCUUCUUCAUUGCCAGCAACCGCGUCUUCACGGAGGGCACCUGUAAGCUGCUGACCCUGGUGGUCACUGACCUGGUGGAUGAGGACUUGGUCCUGAACCGCCGCAAGCAGGCGGCCUCAGCUCUUCUCUUUGGCAUGGUGGCCCUGGUGACCAAGCCAGGCCAGACCUUUGCCCCACUGCUGGGCACCUGGCUGCUGUGCUUCUACACAGGUCAUGAUCUCUUCCAGCAGCCCCCACUGACCCCUGUGGGGAGUGCCCAGCCCUGGCCAGAGCCCCCGGCCCCGGCCCCAGCCCAGGCCCCGACACUCCGCCAGGGCUGCUUCUACCUGCUGGUGCUGGUGCCCAUCACCUGUGCCCUGCUGCAGCUGUUCACUUGGUCCCAGUUCACACUGCACGGGAGACGCCUGCACAUGGUCAAAGCCCAGCGCCAGAACCUAUCACGGGCCCAGACCCUGGAUGUUAAGAUGGUGUGAGAGGCAGGCACAGCAAGGCCACCCUGCUGAGGAUGCUGUCACAGGUCUGGGCAGGAGCCACUUUUGCCAGGACCUCGUCCUGCUCCUCUGCCUCCCUGGGGCACAGCCUGGAGGACAGAUGGCAGAAUGGGAGCCUUUGAGGCUGAGCCAGGAGCAUCACUGAGGUCUAAGUUCUGGCUUGGCUGUCUGGCCCAGCUUGGACAAGAGCUGGGCUGUAUGUGCUCAGGGACCUGCUUCCCUGCCGUGGGGCAGGAGGAAGAGGAGGACCAAGAAGGGAAGGGGCUGUCUGCAAUCACAUGGGGUUGCUGCAGGGCAUGGAGGCCUGUCCAACCACCUGGCUGGGGCUGGUGCUGUGUAGGCUCCGAAGCCACUUUCACCACUCAGGGGACGCUGUGAGUCCCACUGCCCCCUCCCUCUACCUUUCCAGUGGUUUCUCUGACCUCUCCGCUUCAGUUGUGCCUGAAGUAUUGUGCCCCAGCCGCUGCAGGGCUUCCCCACCCCUAUCUGACCUCUCAAAGAGGUUCAUGUCAUCGCAGACUGAUUAAAGUCAGUCAUUUCUGUUC